AUGUUGCCGGGGUUCUUUUCCACCACAACCCAAAAAGGCACCAUCCUCCUCAUCCACGGCUGGCCGCAAACAUCCUACCAAUUCCGUCACGUGAUCUCCCCCCUCACCACCGCGGGCUACCGCCUCGUCAUCCCCGACUACCGCGGCGCAGGCCAGUCCUCCAAACCCGCCUCGGGCUACGACAAAAUCACCAUGGCGACCGACCUCCACACCCUCGUCCGCGAGCACCUCGGGUUCAAGGAAAAGAUCCACAUCGUGGGCCACGACAUCGGCGGCAUGAUCGCCUACGCCUACGCCACCCGCUUCGCGGACCACGUCGCGAGUGUAGUCUGGGGCGAAUGCCCCCUCCCGGGCACCACGCUGUACGACGAGGUGAAAAGAAGCGACGACGUCUUCCACUUCCUCUUCCACCGCGUACUGGACCUCCCCGAAGCGCUCGUCGCGGGCCGCGAGCGAGUGUACAUCCGCCACUUCUUUGAUAAGCAGAGCUUCAACACGGCGUGGAUUACGCAGGGGGCGAUGGAUGUGUAUGCGAGCGCGUUUGAGCAGCCGGGGGCGAUGAGGGCGGGGUUUGAGAUUUAUCGGGCGUUUGAGCGGGAUGCGGCGGAGAAUCGGGAGUGGUGGGAGCUGGAGGGGAAGUGUGGGGUGCCGGCGUUGGGGCUAGUGGGAGGGGAGUUCUUGUUGAAGGGGCUGGCGGGGGAGAUGAUGGAGGAGGGGCAUGUGGAGGGGGCGUGGAGCGUGAGGGUGGUGGAGGGGAGUGGGCAUUAUGUGGCAGAGGAGCAGCCGGAGGGGUUUGCGAGGGAGGUUUUGGGGUUUGUGGGGGGAAUUGAGUUGGAGAGUUGUAAUGGAUGA